AUGGGCCGGGCCCGGCCCUGCGAGCGCGGGCCCCCCAGCCCCGGCCCCGCCGCGCCGCCCGCGCCCCCGCCACGCCGCGCCCGCGCCCUGGCGCUGCUCGGGGCCCUGCUCGCCGCCGCCGCGGCCGCUGCCGCCGCCCAGGCCUACGCCCGCCACACGGAGGCCCAGGCUGCCGCGCGGCAGGAGUCAGCGCUAAAGGCCCUGGGGACAGAAGGCCUCUUUCUCUUCUCUUCCCUGGACACUGACCGGGAUAUGUACAUCAGCCCCGAGGAGUUCAGGCCCAUCGCUGAGAAGUUGACAGGGGCAACUCCUACGGCCAGCUACGAGGAGGAGGAGCUGCCCCCUGACCCCAGCGAGGAGACACUCACCAUAGAAGCCCGAUUCCAGCCACUGCUCCCAGAGUCCAUGACCAAGAGCAAAGAUGGGUUCCUGGGGGUCUCCCGCCUGGCCCUGUCCGGCCUCCGCAACUGGACGACCGCAGCCUCACCACGUGCUGUGUUUGCCGCCCGCCACUUCCGGCCCUUCCUUCCACCUCGGGGCCAAGUGGAGCUGGGCGAGCCCUGGUGGAUCAUCCCCAGUGAGCUGAGCGUCUUCACCGGCUAUUUGUCCAACAACCGCUUCUAUCCACCACCGCCCAAGGGCAAGGAGGUCAUCAUCCACCGGCUCCUGAGCAUGUUCCACCCGCGGCCCUUCGUGAAGACCCGCUUUGCCCCUCAGGGGGCGGUCGCCUGCCUGACUGCCAUCAGCGACUUCUACUACACCGUGAUGUUCCGGAUCCACGCCGAGUUCCAGCUCAGUGAGCCGCCCGACUUCCCCUUCUGGUUCUCACCCGGCCAGUUCACCGGCCACAUCAUCCUCUCCAAAGAUGCCACCCACGUCCGCGACUUCCGGCUGUUUGUGCCCAACCACAGGUCUCUGAAUGUGGACAUGGAGUGGCUGUACGGGGCCAGUGAGAGCAGCAACAUGGAGGUGGACAUCGGCUACAUACCCCAGAUGGAGCUGGAGGCCACAAGCCCCUCAGUCCCCUCCGUGAUCCUGGAUGAGGAUGGCAACAUGAUUGACAGCCGCCUGCCCUCAGGGGAGCCCCUCCAGUUUGUGUUUGAGGAGAUCAAGUGGCAGCAGGAGCUGAGCUGGGAGGAGGCCGCCCGGCGCCUGGAGGUAGCCAUGUACCCCUUUAAGAAGGUCACCUACCUGCCCUUCACCGAGGCCUUCGCCCAAGCCCAGGCCAAGAACAAGCUGGUGCACUCGAUCCUGCUGUGGGGAGCCCUGGAUGACCAGUCCUGCUGAGGUUCAGGGCGGACUCUCCGGGAGACCGUCCUGGAAAGUUCGCCCAUCCUUGCCCUCCUCAAUGAGAGCUUCAUUAGCACCUGGUCCCUGGUGAAGGAGCUGGAGGACCUGCAGAACAACCAGGAGAACCCGUCCCACAAGAAGCUGGCUGACCUGCACCUGGAGAAGUACAGCUUCCCCGUGGAGAUGAUGCUCUGCCUGCCCAAUGGCACUGUGGUCCACCACAUCAAUGCCAACUACUUCUUGGACAUCACCUCCAUGAAGCCCGAGGAUGUCGAGAACAAUGUCUUCAGCUUCUCAUCUACCUUUGAAGACCCGUCCACAGCUACCUACAUGCAGUUCCUGAAGGAGGGCCUUCGGCGCGGCCUGCCCUUGCUCCAGCCCUAGUGUGCCUGCCUCCCAGGCCUGGGGCUGCUGGAAAGUAAGGCCCCCAGCGCUGAUGGACAGGCCCCUGGGCCCCAGAGCCAAGUGGUCCUCGUACAUUUCAAAUGUCAGGCACCCCCACCCCGUCCACUCCCAGGCUGCCUAUGAGGUCAGGGGUCAACUAAGGGUGGCCCUCCUAGCUUUGCCUCUGUUUUGGGGUUUUGGGGGUUCACAAGGGGGUGCCUGGGCUGACUGAAUGGGUGAGUCUCUAGCUCCAGCUGCCACCAUCAGCCCGGCUCUGGAAGCUGUUUGGGAAACCCCCCCCCAAAACAAAGCCUGGGGUGAUUUCCCUGCACCUCACCCUCUCAGGCACAUAGUCCAGGCCCUUGUGGGGUGAAGAAUAGGGAAGAGUGGGUGCUAGGAAAACAGGGCCACCCCUUUCUCCUUACUUUCACCCCCUCCCAAAAGGAACGUCAAGAAGGCCUGGCAUAGAACAGGGGGAAGAGAGAGCCAGAGAAGUACUCUUGUUUUUCUGGAGCCUUCCUCCUGGCCACAGCCUCGACUGCCCUUCUGUGCCUGGAGUCCCCAGUGGGAUCAGUCUCAGCUGAGACCGCCAUGUGGAGGCUCUGGCAGAACCCUCCUGCAGAAGGGGAAGUCAUGCUGUACCCCAGACCUCGGCUCCCCAGACGAGUCUAUCCACCCUAAUGACAGGACAC